GGCGUCUUGCGUUCCAGCCAUGGGCGAUUCCAACGACUUCAAGGCCUUUGCCGAGGCUCUCAAGUCCCUGCAGGCGUCCGUCGCGGCCAACGCCCAAGCCAUCGCCAGCCUCACAGCCGACCGCACGUCCGCCUCCGGCCACAAGAUCGGCUACGGCGAGCACCAUGGGAACCGGCCACCGAGGUUCCAAAAGCUGGACUUUCCCCGGUACGAUGGUAAAACCGAUCCUCUCAUCUUCAUCAACCGCUGCGAAUCCUACUUCCAUCAGCAGCGCAUCAUGGAGGAGGAGAAGGUCUGGAUGGCAUCCUACAACUUGGAGCACGGGGCACAGAUGUGGUAUAUCCAGGUCCAGACGGACGAGGGUACUCCAUCGUGGCGCAGGUUCAAGGAGUUGCUCAAUCUGCGCUACGGUCCUCCUCUCCGCGCUGCGCCUCUCUUCGAGCUGGCUGAUUGCCGCCGCACGGGGUCUGUCGCGGACUAUCAGGACCGCUUCCAGGCGCUCCUUCCACGUGCAGGACCCCUCGACGAGGCACAACGGGUCCAACUGUUCACGGGGGUCUCCGUCCCCCGCUCAGCCUUGACGUCCAGGUAC